GGCGUGACGCGGGAUGUGGCGCGCGCUGCUCCGGGCCGGGAGCGCGGCCCUUCGGAGCGGCCCCGCUGUGAGGGGAGAGCGGCGGGAGCCGAGCGCACGGACCGGGAGCAGAACGUGUGCUACCAUCACGAUGCCUGAAGUAAAAACAGAUCACCUGGAUGARCAGCAGGUGCAGCUCCUGGCAGAGAUGUGCAUCCUUAUUGAUGAAAAUGACAAUAAGAUUGGAGCAGAUACCAAGAAAAACUGUCAUUUGAAUGAGAACAUUGAUAAAGGUUUACUGCACCGAGCUUUCAGUGUUUUCUUAUUUAAUACAGAAAAUAAAYUGUUGCUGCAGCAGAGGUCAGAUGCAAAAAUUACRUUUCCAGAUUGUUUUACCAACACAUGUUGCAGUCAUCCUCUAAGCCAUCCACUAGAACUGGAAGAAAAUGAUGCCAUUGGUGUUCGGAGAGCAGCGCAGAGGCGACUGAAAGCAGAGUUGGGAAUUCCCAUGGAGCAGGUAACUCCAGAAGAAAUCUCCUACCUGACACGAAUUCACUACAAGGCCAAGUCUGAUGGGAUCUGGGGAGAACAUGAGAUAGACUAUAUUUUAUUUGUGCAGAAGGAUGUGACACUGAAUCCUGACCCCAAYGAGAUCAAAAGCUACUGCUACGUGACACAGAAAGAACUGAAACAGCUCUUGGACAAAGCUGCCAAGAACGAAGUCAAGAUUACUCCAUGGUUCAAGCUGAUAGCAGAGACCUUCCUUUUUAAGUGGUGGGAUAACUUGAAUAACUUGAWCAAAUUUGUUGAACACGAAAAAAUACACCGAAUGUAAACAGCUGGGAUAAAAGGUGCUGAAGGCUAGCAAUGAUGUGUUGUCUCAUUAAUACUGAUCAAUCAUGAUUUAAGUGCAGAGAAUUGGUCCACAUGGAGCAUGUUUAUACAGAUGUUAUAGCCAAUGUUUKUUCUUCUGUUGCCUCCUCUUCCACCUCAUCCUUGGUUCUCUUGGGCAAGUUAAGCUUGAUUUUAUGUAAAAUGGGUAACAGUAAAAUGAGUAACAGUAGCAUGAAACCCCAGAAUGUGACCACGCCUUAAAUAGUGAUUAUGUAUGACUCGGCUCUGCAGUCAUGUUGAGAAGACCAGUUGCCAGAAGAAAAAAACAAUUCAAAGUAAUCACGAUUAUUUUUAAUUGCAGAAAGCAAAUCUCUUCAGCUACUGUACUCUAUAAUUAACCAAACCCAUAAAAGCUUAAGUAAUUGGAUUGUCUGCAUGGAGUGAGUUUGGCUUUGAAGUGCUGACAUAUGUGUUCAAGCUUUAGAUAAUGAACAGUGUUUGGGGUUUUUUAAUCCUCCAGGCUUUUCUGAUUAGUUGAUGGCUGAGUACUGGAUAUCUCUUAAAUUUUAAAAAAAAGGGUUGAUUACAUCAAAUGAAAAUGUGCCCUGUCUAAUUCUAGAAGUAAUCUGUCUUUGGAGACAGGAUAUGCACUAAAUGGCUCUUCUCCAUCUUCCAGAAAACAAAGGUAUCUUGAUAUAAGAUAUUCUAUUUUCUUGUARUAGUCAUUCUCAGACAGCAUAAAUGUACUGAACCCCAAAAUUUGAGACUUACAAUUUGUGGGCUUAAACUGGAUCUUGAUGGCAGUUAAUUAGAAAUUGUACGAGUGCCACAGCUAAUCCUUUUUGGUCUUGCAGUCAAUUGUUAGUAACAUGGACUGCUUUUUUAGUAGGACAAAUACUCAAGGGUGCUUCAAUUUUAAUUAUAGAUUUGGGGUAUUUUUUCCUAAAAAAGCUUAAUUGUGAUUUCUUCUGUUAGCACACUACCCAAACUAAACUUUUUAAGUUAACUUCUGGAGAUGUCUUGAUGAAAUAGGAUGUUUGAUACCACCUCUCAUUGCAAGUAAAACACRGUUGUAACAAGUUUUUGCCUGGUUUCAGGGUGAAAUUAACUUUUUCCACUGGUCAGGGUUUCUUUUCUUAUCCCAGUUGUAACUGCAGCACUGAAGGUUCUAUGAUGUACCAGCAUCUCCCCUGGUUCAACACUUAGGUUUUAGGGCCAAGUCUGUUGUAUGUUGGCCAGAACUGAUGUACUGUCUUAAAGCAAGUACUGGGUGAGGGAACAGUGAUGUGACGUAGCAGCUCUCUUGAAUUCAGUGCAAUCAGCUAUGUUACCCAGCUGUAGGUAAUGGAGUAGUUCCCAAAUAAUUUCUAAAUUUAACUUUGUAAUUAAAACACCUUACCUAAA